CGCGGUUGAGUGCAGCAGCAUGGCCGCCGACAUGAGGCUGUUAGGGCUGGUGGAGGAGUUUGUGAGUGGGUUGCAGGACGGGGCUGCCAAGGACCUAGCUACAGGUGUCAUUGAUGGGAAGUGCACUGCACUGGAAAUUGUGGAAGCCUUGGGGAAAUGUUUAACAAAUUCUGAGCCAAGAACAAGAAGCCGAGGGAUUCAGCUUCUGUCUCAGGUUUUGUUGCUGUCUUAUGCGUCUCUCAAUCAAAAAGAAGUGGAGGCACUAGCUAUCUUCUAUAUAGAUCGACUGAAGGAUCAUUACAUUAUCACACCUUAUGUCUUGCAAGGGUUGAAAGCCUUGAGCAUGAGCUCUGUUCUGCCGGAAGGAUUGGCUGUAAUUAUGCUGAAGGCAUUGUUCCAGGAGGUGCACGUCCAGUCCCUGAUGCAAUCCGAUCGGCAUUCUGUGUACAGCAUCAUCUCAAAUUUAAUGGACACCAGAGAACAAGAGCUGAAGACUUUGGCAGCGGACUUCACGUUUGGUUUUAUUCAAGCAAUGGAUGGAGAAAAAGACCCAAGGAAUUUAUUAAUGGCUUUUCAGAUCUCCAGGGACAUCAUUGUCAACAAUUAUGAACUUGGGAACUUUGUGGAAGAGCUCUUUGAGAUCACUUCAUGCUAUUUUCCCAUUGAUUUUACACCGCCUCCAAAUGACCCACAUGGAAUAUCUCAGGAGGAGUUAGUGUUGAGUCUACGAUCUGUGCUUACUGCCACACCACGGUUUGCAGAGUUCCUAUUACCGCUCCUGAUUGAGAAGCUGGAUUCGGAUAUUCAGAGUGCCAAAGUGGACUCCCUUCAGACUCUGACAGCAUGCUGCAGAGAUUAUAGGAAGAAGGAGUUGAAAGAAUUCCUACCAGCUCUUUGGCACUCCAUACGCAGAGAGGUCUUUCAGACAGCAAGUGAAAAGAUUGAAACUGAAGGUCUUGCUGCUCUCGAAGCGCUAUCAACUAGUCUGUCCAAAUCAGUUAUCGAUGCAGAUGCAGAGGAUAGUCUGGAUACGUUCCUCGACAAUGUUCUGCAAGAUUGUAAGCAUCACCUGUGUGAACCAGACAUGAAACUUGUGUGGCCGAGUGCAAAGCUACUCCAGGCAGCUGCAAGUGCUUCCUAUAGAGCAUGUUCCAAGAUCAACAGCUGCAUCUUUCCAUUGUUGCUGGAACAAUUCAACAAACAUAAGCAGAGCAGUCAACGUUGGACAAUCUUGGGAAUUUUGAAAAUUUUCAUUAAACUAAUUAAUAAGUGGGAUCGAGAUGAGGAAGGUGAGAAUCCUCUGUGUGCCUUUAAGGAUCAGCUUUGUAUCCUGGUAUUCUCUGCACUGACUGAUUCCAGUGUCCAACUACAAAUGGUGGGGAUCAGCACUUUGGCAGUUCUGGCAUCACAGCAAGAUUUGCUGUCCCCCACUGACAUCGAGUUGAGUGUAGACCAUUUGAACAGAUUGAUCCUGCAGGAGGCCGACCCUCAGGUUUGUGCUGCAGCAUUGGAAGCUUCCACGACCAUUUCUGCAAUCCAUCCUUCCGCUUUCAUUAGUAAGAUGGUCCCAGCACUGACGCAAGAGUUAAAUACAGAACCAAUGGAAGUAAAGAGUGAUGACAAACCUCCUGCAUCGUCUGAUAAUGCUUUGCAUCAACGCAGUAUACAGGCUCUGGCUGCCAUUUCCACGCACCUCAGUACAGUGAAGAGGACAGUCCCGGUCCUGCUGCAGCAUCUGAUCCAUUUACAGAAAGUGAGUUCAGGCAGUGAAGAUGACACGGCCAUCUUGACCUGCCAGAGCCUACAGCUGGUGGCAGAACAUUGUCGUGGUGCUGGAGAGAGUAGCCAGUACUUUCACCAAAUGGUCAUCCCAUGCCUGCUGGGACUGGCCAUCCAGACAGCUGUACAAGGCUGUGACUCUGAGGUCCCGCUUGGAAUCCUAUGUGAGGAACAGGUGAUCAUGGAGUUUGGGACUGUGAUCAGCACUGCCUACAGUGAUGGCGAGACAGAACUAGCUUCCAGAACAAUUUCCCAGAUUGUGGCCUUGUAUCUCGAUGGGGAUGUCUCCUUCUUGCCUGAAAAUAACCUUUCCAGAAAGUUCCAGCCUUUUCAGUCACCGAAUUCUCCGUGGCCACAAACUCAGCUGAUUGCCCUCCUGCAAGCUGCGGUCUGCUCCCUGCCAAAGAAUAUAACAGUACCACAACAGGAGAAGUUGCUGGUACAACUCAUGGAGCUAGCUUGCACCAGUGACCAUCGAUUCACUUACACGUCUGCGGCCAAAUGCAUUGCUGGCCUUAUCAACAAAUACCCUGCAGGUGAACAGUUGGAUUCUGUUCUCCAGGAUGUGUUGAAAAAAAUUGACAGUGGGCUGGAGAGAAACUCUGGAGAUUGUACACAGGCCACUAGCAGGACCCGAGUUUUCACCUUGCUGCUUUGGUUAACAAAAGCACUUGUGCUGCGUUAUCAUUCUCUAGCCGCCACUUUGACAGACAAGCUGAUACAGCUGCUCACUGACCCCGAUCUGGGAACUGAGGCAGCGGACGGAUUCUCUGUGUUGGUCAGUGACUCCUCGGAUGUCCUGAACAAGGCCACUCACGCUGACAUUCGCAUCAUGUACCGGCAGCGAUUCUUCACUGAGAAUGUCCCCAAGCUGGUCCAGGGCUUCCACUCGGCCAGUGAAGAUAAUAAAGCAAACUACCUGAAGGCACUUUCUCACGUGUUGAACAGUCUUCCGAAGCAAGUCCUGAUGACUGAGCUCCCAUCGCUGCUGACUCUGUUGUUGGAGGCCCUGUCCUGCUCAGACCAGGUGGUCCAGUUGUCCACGCUGGGCUGCUUGCAUCCUCUGUUGCUGGACGCUACUCAGACUAUGAGCUUGCAUGUGGAGACCUUAGUGAACAAAUUGCUCAAUCUGACUUCUAGCCCUGCCAUGAAAGUCCGUAUUGCAUCCUUACAGUGUAUGCAUGCGCUGACCAAGCUGCCACCGCAUGUGAUCCUGCCCCACAAAUCCCGGGUUAUCCAAGCCCUGGCCAAACCCUUAGAUGACAAGAAGCGACUGGUGAGGAAGGAAGCAGUGAGAGCUCGGGGAGAAUGGUUUCUUUUAGGAAGCCCAGGCAGUUGAUGCGGGUCCACCAGACCAGAGAGAGAGAGAGAGUAGACAAUCAGGCGAGGCCUAGCCUGUCCGGCACAUUUACAACCAGUGGCCUGUUCAACUUAACAUUCCAAGCCCCCACAAAAAAAACACAAUAAAAAUGAAAUCCUGUUUUUCUUACAAAACAAAAAGUUUCCAGCGGAAAUGAAGACUGAAAUAAUGAAGAAUUUGCACCUUUAACCAAUUAAUGACUAUUUAAAUGAGCACAUUUCAUUCAGCACCUCGUGUGGUCUCUGAACAGCCUGUGUGUAGAGUGUGAUCAUUUUUCGCCUUGUAUAAUAUAACAAAGCAGUCUCACUAACUGAGCAAAUCACCUAAUUCGUUCUAGUAACUGAGCAAAGAUUGAGAUGUCUUGGCAAAUAUCGUGUAAGAUUGCAUCAAAUAGCUGCUCAGCGAUUCUGCUGUAUCGUGGUUGAGAUGGUUCAUUUCUCCCUAAUGUGUACCAGGACAAACCCAUACACAACAUUGGAAACCCAGGAGUUACAGACUGGAAACUAAUCGAAGGGUUUAGGUGGUUCAUAUAUGCCACAACAGGUAGUCGAGAGUGAGUUACAGACCGAAAGCUAAUCGAGGGGUUCAUGAGGUGCUAUGUAGAAUAACAGGUACUUGGGAAUAAGUUACAGACUGAAUUGUAAUCAAGGGGUUUUAUUGGUUUAUAAAUGGAAUAACAGACACUUAGGAAUUUGUUACAGACGAAUUUGUCCAAAUGUUUGGAGCUUUAUGUAUAGAAAAAUACCUGGGUGUGAGUUACAGGCUGGAACUUAGUCAAUAGGUACAGUGUUGAAAUUGCUUUAAUUACUUUUUUUUAGAAAGUGCAUCUCCUUAAAUUCUCCUUGGCUGAUCCUCAGUGAGUUAGGUGAUGCAUGUUUUUUAGAUUAGUAUGUACUAUAUACCAUGUAUUGCAGAAUGUAACCGACUGCUGUUAAGUUAAAGCUGCUUUUAGUGGUGGCCUGUCUUUUCAGGCAGUCAAGUCUGACUACUCUCGGUCAGUCCGAGUGUCAUUAUUGCUGAUGAGGUUGGUUUGAAAAUUGCUGACAACCAGAACAAAAUACUUGUCUUAUACAAGUUGUGACCUUCUUGAAGUGUGACAGAUGUGACAAAAUGCAAGACUUGUAGCGGAGUUCGAGUGAUAGAGGUGUUCCAUAGUCAUGAUUCAAUUUACUGAGUAAUGAUACCAGUGUGGUCUUGGUCCACUGAGAAGUAACAUGAAUGAUCUAUACCUGUCAGCUUCACAAAUUGGGAGAAAUCAGAUGUGAAAUCGCUUGUAUUUUUGGUAAGUGAAUCUCAUUGCUAUUCCCUCUUGGUGUAGUGUGGCUCUGAUGCAUACUUGUUGACGAGUAUCACAUUGGCACUCUGGACACCUUAGCAGUAUUACAGAAUGCGGAGGGAUGAUGAAUGGCGAGGGGUAAAAUGAAGCACAACAGAAAAAGGUGCCUGUGGAAAACAAGUCAGGACAGUGGUAGAAUGAACAAGAUCAUAGAAUAUUUGCACUUUUUUGGGGAGGGACCAUGUCCUCCAGUUGAAGCCCUUCUCUUUGCCAGGUAUUCUUUUGGGAGGAGCAGUUUACUGACAACCAUCAGACUGUCUUGCUGCUUGUGUUUGCUCUGUAAUCGGUUGAUUACUGCCUAGGCUAAACCACAGUCUAAACUGAGCUGAUUCCAGACAGAACUUCAGUUGUUCUCUAUGAUGGUAAGGCUGGUUGAUACUCCCUGGCAUGAAUUAGCACUGAUUUACUGGGAGGUGGUUGUCAAAAACUGUUUUGAGGAAAAGUAUUUUCUGUCCACAACGUUUACAGAAAUAGUGCACAUUGCUGGCAUUGUGCUAAAAUGUUCAAACCCUGUAUGUGUCUUGGAUUAGUUAAAGAGAAAUAUGACAAGAAUCACCAUCUCACAUUCUUGCUGACCAAUCACUAAUUGUUGUUUGAAGUGAAAACAAACUCCGCAGGUCGAGCAGCAUCUGUAGAGAUAAAGCAAUGUUAGUGUUUCUAGUCCAGUGACCCUUUCUCGGAAGUAUUGUGAAGGUCACUGGACCUGGAAUGUUGACUAUUUUUUCUCCACAGAUGGUGCCAGACCUGCUUAGUUUCUCCAGCAAUUUGAUUUUUUUUUUCCCAAGUUUUCACUACCUGCAGCUCGUUCUUUUGUUUACCAAUUUUUACUUCAUUGGGUGACUUCCCUGGCGUGGUGAUAAUCUAGAGUUCCCUUUGUCCCAUCAUUGACUCUUACUAACCUCCAUGCCCUAUCAUUGACAGGCAAUGAGCUCCCCAUUUACCUCAUGUUCUACUGUGUUCUGUCACUCCCAACUGGCACUGUGUAAUGUUCUUUUCAAAAUUGCACUGUUUUCAUCUACUGUAUAAUGUCAGUCCUCUUACUCGCUACCUCUGUAUUGACCGUAUGACCUGUGUGUGUGAUGUAUGACGUGUGGCGUAUUGAGGUGCGCAUCAUGACAGAGGAAGACAGUUGUGAAUUUGCCUUUGAUAUUCUCCCACAGCUGGAUAGAAAAUCAAAUUGCCUCCAUUUCUUCUAUCCUUCUCUCACCUCUGCCUCAGUAACUUUACCUUCUUCAGCUAAAAAGGGCAGAUUUUAUAUAUCCACCCCCACCUCAUGUCCCUUCUCUGAUGUUUCUGCCAAAAUUGAAAUGGAGACUUGUCAGCUGAUGGUCCUUUUCUUUGAUACCUUAUAUCUAUCCAUCCAUUUUUAAACUUGGCGGUAAGUAAUUGCUGCUGUACAGCUCUGUAUUGUGAACCUGCAAACUUUAAACCAUUUCUAAGGAAAAUAUUUCCAUGGCCUAGAUUGUUUGUUUGUUUUUGUUAAUUUGUUUGCUUGAAGCAGGUGCCAGCAAGUCCCAUUUUAAAUCUUCUGCUUUCUCUUGCUUCUGGCAAGGUGGAGCCGAAACUCAUAGCGCUCCCCUUCUUUGGCUUGUAGGUUUGAUAGAGCCACGUGGACCACAACAUGUGCUGUGCACAAGCAGCUUUUACAUUAGAACAAUGUAGUGGUGAAAAUGAAGGGUGACACUUACUGAGCCUUUACUAGUCCCACCCAACUAGUUUAUUAAAACAAUAGUGUGAUCUGUAACUAUCGCCUGCACAACUUUUAAUGUAAGAUUAACUCCCCACUGGAGAAAUAAUUAACAUUUUAAAAAAGUAAAAUACUGUGUUUGUGUUAUUUUUCCUCUUCAAAUGAUACACUUAAAAGCAGCCAGAGUUAAUUGCCCCUGUCAAAGGGUUGGUAUCGAGUUGAAAUGAGAGUCUGGGCUGAGACUGGAUAGUUUUUCAUUUCGCUAGGUCAUCUUCCUUGUCUUUGACUCGCACUGGGGCUGUUGUAGGGCCCGUCUCAAAUAACCAUAGAAGAUCACUGCAUUUGGUCGUCAAUAAAUGUGUGCCCACCGAAGUUGUUUUUUUAAAAUCGCUUUGCUGGAA